UAUAUUUCUUAAAUAGGUUAAAGUCAUAGAGAUUUUUUUGGAAUAGCACUUCGCCCUGGAGCGGUGCGCAAUGCUAUCUCAUGCCGACCUCCUGGAUGCUCGCCUCGGUGAGUUAUCAUCACCAAACUCCGGUCUUCAACUCUACUGGAUGAAGGAUGCCGCGGCGGAGCUCCUGGGCCACAGGGAGGCUUUGAAGUGCAGGCUCGGCGGAGGGGGACCUGACCCAGGACACUCCGGAGAGCUCGGCCCAGGCUCGGACGGCGUGGAAGGGGCCACGAUGCUCCCGGGCGAUGAUAUUAGCAGCGGCGGAGGAUCCAACACGGUGCAGGUCAACAGCAAAGAGCAGGAUAAACAGCAGCAACAGCAGCAGCAGAACAACAGCUCCAACCAGUCGGCAGCGCAGCAGUCCCAGAAACAGAAGCGGCACCGGACCCGCUUCACCCCGGCGCAGCUCAACGAGCUCGAGAGAAGCUUCGCCAAAACGCACUACCCAGAUAUCUUCAUGCGGGAGGAGCUGGCGCUGAGGAUCGGUCUGACGGAGUCCAGAGUGCAGGUCUGGUUUCAGAACCGACGCGCCAAGUGGAAGAAGCGCAAGAAGACCACCAAUGUCUUUCGGGCUCCGGGGACUCUCCUGCCGACGCACCACGGGCUGCCUCAGUUCCCGUCUGCCGCGGCAGCAGCAGCGGCCAUGGGCGACAGCCUCUGCUCCUUUCACGCCAACGACACCCGCUGGGCUACGGCAGGGAUGCCCGGCGUGUCUCAACUGCAGCUACCGCCGGCUCUCGGCCGCCAGCAGGCCAUGGCGCAGUCCCUGUCUCAGUGUAGUCUCGGCGCAGGGCCGCCGCCCAACUCCAUGGGUCUAGCCAACAUGUCGUCAAACGGCUCCGGGCUUCAGUCGCACCUCUACCAGCCCACUUUCCCCGGUAUGGUACCCGCGUCCCUGUCGGGCCCGACCAACGUGACCGGCUCGCCUCAGCUGUGUAGUUCCCCGGACAGUGACGUCUGGAGAGGGACAAGCAUCGCGUCGCUGCGCCGCAAAGCGCUGGAGCACACAGUAUCCAUGAGUUUCACCUAGUAAGGAGGGCCACCGCAAAGAGCUUUUCUUUCACUCACACAGAAUUCUUCUGCAUUUACUUCUUAUCCAUCCAAUCCAUCCAAACGGUGAACCGGGGAAACUACAAACAGGAUACUGUACACCUGACAUUUUUUCUCCCAAAUCACAAACAAGAGGGAAAACUGAAUCUAUUUAUCAGGCCUGUUGGUCUUUAUCAAGCUAGGACUGGUUCUGUUUUAAGCUUUAAUUUAUUAUUUCGCAUGUAACCUAUGCCAACUAUUUAUUUGAUUAUUUAAAUUCACUUAUUUGUUUGUUCUGUGUUUAUUUAUUUGGUACAUGCAGCCCUGGCCUUUAUUGUUGCAGGGUUUUCAGUGACAUUUGCUUGGUGACUGACAUUUCUGAAGACAAAUUCUGUGGAUACUAUGAAACACAAAACUACUUACAGAUUCCCUUCUCCACCUGCUGCACAGAAUGCAACUAUGAGGAGCCAAAAAGAGGAACAGUGGAUGUGCAGAAACAAGACACCUGGAGGUUUAAAAGAUGAUGAGGACAUGAAAGAUUCACCAGAAGAGAGAAGGAAGCUGAUUUGACAAGAAUCAGGACAACAUGGAAGAGGACUUGACUGCAUGUGCUGUUCAAGGCAAAAAAAACAUGGGAAAUACAAUAAAUUAAGACAUGGAAACUGACUUAACUAUAAUCUGUUAUAUAGGAUGUUUUGUGUAGCGGAAGCACUCUUGUUCCCAUUUGGUCAGUUUGUGAUAACUUAUGUUUCCAAAAUUAUGUCUGUGCUGAUUAUCAAAUACUUGACUUUCUUAAAUGUUUGAAUCAUUUUGUUCC